GGUGGAGUUAGAUUGAGGAGAGACUGUUGUUGUUGGUUUAAUGUUCCUGAUUGUGCCUCUUCCUAUUUUUUGAUGCUGCACUUGUUUCUGUUGUUGUUAUUAUCAUCAAUUUUUGAUUCCCACAGUUAUAUAUUAUUCACAUUAUUCUUAUCAUCAAAACGAAAAUCAAAAUCAAAAUCAAAAUCAAAAUCAAAAUCAAUUAUAUUCCAUCAUCAUGAUAAUUCUACACCGCCUUUCUCUUUCUCAAUCUUGUUCGUUUAUUAUUUCCUUGACUGUUACGGUAAUCGUUUAAAGAGACAAAAGGGUUGCUCAGAUUCUCUAUUUGCUUUCGUAAAGUCCCAGUCUUUGUUCAUGACCCCAAAUUUGGGGCUAAAAUUCUAGGGUUAGAGAAGAGAGAGAGCCCAGAUCUCGAUGGAGGGUUCGGAAGGAGAUAAUCAGAAUCGGAACCAUGAGAAUAGCAAUAGUAAAUUGAACAAUUCCGGCGACGGAGGAGGAGGCAAGCCCAAGCGCCAGAUGAAGACGCCGUUUCAGCUGGAAGCCCUAGAGAAGGCCUAUGCUGUGGAGACGUACCCGUCGGAGUCGAUUAGGGCGGAGCUGUCGGAAAAAUUGGGGCUUUCCGAUCGGCAAUUACAGAUGUGGUUCUGUCAUAGGAGGUUGAAGGACAAGAAGGAAGGGGGUUCGGGUUCGGGUCCGGGUCCGGGUCCAGGUCCAGGUCCAGGUCCGGCGAAGAAGCAGAGGAAAGCAGUGGCGGUUUUGCCGGAGCCUCCUAUUGAUGACUUGGCACAUGGGUCGGAGCCGGGGAGUGAUUAUGGAUCGGGUUCGGGCUCCGGCUCAAGCCCGUUUGGUCAUGCAGACCGCAAUGUGGUGUCUAGGAAUGUUGUUGUGGUUGAGGAUGUGCCAAGGACGAGGCAUUAUGGGUCACAGCAGUCGAUAACGGAGCUUAGAGCCAUUGCUAUAGUGGAAGCUCAACUGGGAGAGCCGUUGAGGGAGGAUGGCCCGGUGCUUGGGAUAGAGUUUGAUCCAUUGCCCCCGGAUGCAUUCGGGGCACCUCUAGUUGCAGAGCAGCAGAAGCGGAAUGAAUCAAAACCAAAUAAAGGUACUCCGAGAUCUCUCCAUGAAUAUCCAUAUCUUCAAGACCACUCCAGUGUUCGGCCUGAUGUAUAUGGACAUGUUGCUCAAUCUCAUUUUCGUGAUUCAGCAAUUGAUGGUCCAAAUGCAAGAACUUCACCCUUUGCAAGUGGAAAUGAACAGUUGCCAAGGGUUCAUGGUGGCCACGGUCGGGCUCGUCUUCUGUCACAACAGGAGAGGCAAGCAGUGACCUUUGCAUCCCCUGGUGAUGAUGGCUUACCUCAAAGGGACGCCUUUAUCAAUGGUAGAAUGAGUACUCAAUAUAGUGAACCCCCUUUUAUUGCACCUGAAAGCUCUAAUGUGUUGUCUGAUGGUCAAAUUAACGACACUAUGCUGAGAAUGGAGAGGAAACGCAAGGGUGAAGAUGUCAGAAUGGCUAAAGAAGUAGAAGCUCAUGAAGUUCGAAUCCGGAAGGAGAUGGAGAAACAAGAUAUUCUGAGGAGAAAGAAUGAGGAAAGAAUCAGGAGAGAAAUGGAAAGGCAAGACCGUGAAAGGAGAAAGGAGGAAGAGAGAUUGAUGCGUGAAAGGCAGCGAGAGGAAGAGAGAUCAAAGAAGGAGCAAAAACGUGAAAACGAACGAAGGGAGAAGUUUUUGCAGAAAGAAAAUAUAAGAGCUGAGAAAAGGAGGCAAAGGGAAGAACUCAGGAAAGAGAGAGAGGAAGUGAGACGCAAAGCUGCACUUGAGAAGGCUACUGCAAGAAGGCUUCUUAAUAAAUCUAUGGAACUUUACGAGGAUGAGCAACUAGAGCUAAUGGAGUUGGCUGCUGCAAGCAAGGGAUUAUCUUCAAUAAUUAGUAUUGAUCCUGACACCAACCUUGAUGCAUUCAGAGAUGAUCUGACUGCAUUUCCACCCAAGUCUGUGCUCUUAAAAAGACCAUUUGCAGUUCAUCCGUGGAUCGAUUCAGAGGAAAACAUUGGCAACUUUCUCAUGGUUUGGAGAUUUUUGAUUACAUUUGCAGAUAUUCUUGAGUUAUGGCCUUUUACUCUGGAUGAGUUUGUUCAAGCUUUUCAUGACUAUGAUUCAAGGUUGUUAGGAGAGAUUCAUGUUGCUCUCUUAAGGUUGAUUAUAAAGGAUAUAGAAGAUGUUGCAAGGACACCAUCUACUGGACUAGGACUCAAUCAAAAUGGUGCUGCUAAUCCUGGAGGUGGACAUCCACAAAUUGUUGAAGGAGCAUAUGCAUGGGGGUUUGACAUAAGGAACUGGCAACAGCACUUAAAUCUACUAACAUGGCCUGAAAUUUUUCGCCAACUAGCACUCUCUGCUGGAUUUGGGCCUCAGUUGAAGAAGAGGAGCAUCUCAUGGUCAUACUUGCCUGAUAAUGAUGAGGGUAAAGGUUGUCAUGAUGUAAUUUCAACUCUGCGCAAUGGUUCAGCAGCUGAAAAUGCAUUUGCAAUAAUGCAAGAAAAGGGCUUAUUAGCUCCAAGGAGAUCCAGACAUCGGUUGACGCCAGGAACUGUUAAAUUUGCUGCUUUUCAUGUUCUUUCUCUUGAGGGAAACAAGGGAUUAACGGUGUUAGAACUCGCUGAAAAGAUUCAGAAAUCUGGCCUUCGAGACCUGACAACAAGCAAGACGCCAGAGGCUUCAAUUUCUGUUGCUCUGACAAGAGAUACUAAACUUUUCGAAAGAAUUGCUCCUUCAACAUAUCGUGUACGAUCUGCUUACAGAAAGGACCCUACUGAUGCUGAGGCCAUACUUACUGCAGCUAGGAAGAAAGUUCAGAUAUUCGAAACUGGGAUUUUAGCUGCAGAAGAUGUCGAUGAGGUUGAAAGAGAUGAUGUCGAAGAGGUUGAGAGAGAUGAAGACUCUGAAUGUGAUGACGUUGAUGAGGAUCCCGAAGUUGAUGACUUAGCUACUCCAGCCAUUGUAAAGAAAUCCCCUGAUCAGUAUAAUGAAGUGACACCUUUCUCAGAGAAUGGACAGGAAGAUGUAUGCAAUGAUGUUGCACAAAAUGUGCAAAAUGAGAUGGAUAAGGAUGUAUCACCUAUUCCAGUCAGUGCUUCCAAAGAGGCAGACGGUCCAAGUGCUUCCUCCAAGCAGUGUGUUUCUGGUGUAGAAGUUAGUACUAGCAAUCUUGAUCAAGAUAAUAUGGAGAUUGAUGAGAGCAAGGCAGGUGAAUCAUGGGUUCAAGGGCUUACUGAAGGGGAUUAUUCUGAUCUCAGUGUUGAAGAGCGUCUUAAUUCUCUUGUUUCCUUAAUUGGUAUUGCAAAUGAAGGAAACUCCAUUCGUGUUGUUCUUGAGGAUCGCCUAGAAGCAGCAAAUGCUCUUAAGAAGCAAAUGUGGGCGGACGCACAGCUUGACAAAAGUCGCCUAAAAGAAGAGAAUGUGAGUAGAUUAGAUAUUCCAUCUUUUAUGGUAGGCAAAGCGGAACAUGUUACUGGAGUGGAAGAUGGCCAAAGUCCUCUACUGGAUAUUGAUAGUAGAAUCAAUGAGGAAGGAGCUGCAGAAAAUCAAAGUUCAAAUCAUGGUUCACAAGUAAUUCUGAAUCACCUUCACGGUGUGCCUAUUGAAAGGGCCCUGGUACCUCAGGAUAUUUCCAUGGGUCCUGAAAACAUCUUGAAUCAGCAAUUGGCUUACGCAUCAAAAAAAUCACGUUCACAGUUGAAAUCAUAUAUUGCCCACAAAGCAGAGGAGAUGUAUGCUUACAGGUCCCUCCCUCUUGGCCAGGAUCGCAGGCACAAUCGAUACUGGCAAUUUGUUGCAUCUGCAUCAAGCAGUGAUCCUGGUUCAGGCAGAAUCUUCAUUGAACUGAACAAUGGAAAUUGGAGGCUUAUUGACACCGAAGAGGCAUUUGACACUCUUUUGAUGUCGCUGGAUACACGUGGCAUUAGAGAAUCCCAUUUACGCUUAAUGUUGCAAAAGAUUGAGGCAUCCUUCAAGGAAAAUGUUCGUAAAAAUGUGCAUCUUUCAAGUAGAAAUCGUGUUAAAAAAGAAGCUGAUGAUAUGGAUUCUAGUCCAGACUACCCUUCGAGUUUUGACAGCCCUGGAAGUACUGUUUCUGCUUUAAAUUCUGAGAUGGGGGAGACAUCCUCUUCGUUUAGAAUUGAGCUUAACAGAAAUGAAAAUGAGAAAAGGGCGGCCUUGAGAAGGUAUCAAGAUUUUCAGAAGUGGAUGUGGAGAGAAUGCUUUAGCACAUCCGCAUUAUGUGCCUCAAAAUAUGGGCAAAAGAGAUGCAGACAGCUCUUUGAUCUUUGCGAUUUCUGCCUCUGUUGUUACCAUUUUGAGGACUCCCAUUGCAGUUUCUGUCAUCAGACUUUUGGUGCUACCUAUGAAAAUCUUGACUUUUCUGAACAUGUAAUACAAUGUAAAGAGAGAAGGAAUUUGGAAACAUGCGAUAUCCAUGUACCAGGCAUUUCUGUUCCUUUGGCCAGCAGACUGCUCAAGGCCUUCAUAACUCUUGUUGAGGUAUCUGUUCCACCAGAAGCCCUUCAAUCCUUUUGGACAGAAGACUGUCGAAAGACGUGGGGAGCCAAACUGAAUGCGUCAUCAUCGGUUGAAGAACUUUUGCAGAUGUUAACUCUGUUUGAGACUGCGAUAAAACGAGACUUUGUGUCAUCAAACUUUGCAGCCACCGAUGAAUUACUGGGUUCCGGCAAACAGUCAGCGAUUGCUAAUAGUGAUAAUCUAGACACCAAAUCAAUUUCUGUACUUCCUUGGAUACCACAUACAACGGCAGCUGUGGCUCUGAGGGUUUAUGAGAUGGAUUCGGCAAUUACUUAUGUACCACAUGAAAAACCUGAGCCCAAUGGUGACAAGGAAGUUGGAGAACAUAUUAAGAUUCCUUUGAGAUUCACCCCUAUGAGGAAUGAUAGGGAGUUCGAACCAGCAGCGUCAGACCUCAAUGAACAAAGUACUCACCUGAAAAGUGCACGAAACAGCCUCAAACGUGGUAGAGGAGGUCGCGAGCAAGGCCGUGGUAAAAAAUCCAAAUCUGGUGGUAGUCGGCGAAAAGCCAGAGGUAAUGAGAUUGAGAAUAUGAGGCAAGGAUUGGGACCUGUGGGGCGGAGACCACAGGGACAAGGGAGUGGACGAGGCCGACGUACUGUUAGAAAGAGGAGAAUGAAGAACAGCGCUGUUGAGGGGACGCUUAUUGGCCAUACGACUGACCUACGCAGUAGCCCUGACAGUGGAGAGGAAUCACCCAGAAACUUGGCUGGGGAAUGGGACGAUGAAAAUAUCAAUAUGAUCCAUAUGAAAGGUGAUGAACGAGGAGAGAGGUAUGAGCAAGCAGAGGCACUGGAGUCUGAAGACGAAGACCAAGCAGUAGGAUAUGAACAAGGGAACUGGGAGAUUGGGUUUGAUGGGAUCUCCGGUGGAUGGAACGGCGGCUUACAAGAACCGAGUGAUGAGGACAUGGGUGCUUCUGAAGAUGACAAUAACGGCAUUGAGGAAGUGAGAGAAGAAGAUUCGGAAGGCGAUGUAGAAAUGAGUGAUGCUUCAGAUGAAGUACCAAACAGGAUUAUAAAUGAUGAUGGCUCUGAUUCAGCUUCAGAUGAUGAUGACUACAGUGAUUGAAAGUCUCGUGCUUUAAAUUGUUUGUGGGAGUAUCUGAGACAUGGUUGCUGCACGUAGUUUUGAUAAUGCAGCUCCACUGGUAGGUGGUCUCAACCGGAGAUGGAAAGCUAACUUGGGUCUGCAGUGGGUCUCAAUUUUGUUGCCAUAUCCUUGCUAUUAUUGAUAUUUAUAGACAUAACCAGUAUAUGGAUAUGAUUACGGGAAGUCUGUAUUAGUACCUGUUAGGAGUGCUGUAAUUGAUAUGCAGUGUAACAUAGCAAUUCUAGAGUGUAACGAAAAUGGUUUAUACUGCAAAUUUAUUAUAAAGUUCAAUUUCCAUUGUUUCUUUGUCCUCUGUUGAAAAUUUCUCUAUUGG